UUUUUAGGAAUUCCAUUGGUCGUUGUGAUCAUUUCUGCUGCAUCAUCUAAACUGAAAGGUUAUGGUAAUGACCAAUUCUGUUGGCUAAGCGUUGAUUCAGGACUUUUCUGGGCUUUUGCUGGACCGGCAUUGACAAUCAUAUUUACGAACUCCGUUAUCACAGUCGCUGUCAUCAAAAGGUCGUUUGGGACCUCUGCAAUGUCAAAACGAGGAGAUGCUGACAAGAUCAAGACCGGGAUACGUAGCGUGUGUGUCUUGUUGCCAGUGUUUGGAAUCACGUGGAUGUUCGGAGUGUUUGCCGUCAACAGGGAUACUGUCGUUUUCCAGUACCUCUUUGUCAUCUUCAACAGUCUACAGGGAGUCCUUAUAUUCGUUGUUCAGUGCGUUCUGGAUAGAAAAGUGCAGGCGGCAUUCAAAGCCAGGCGAGCCAGGUGGUUUGCAACCGAGGUGUCGAUCACUGCUACCGAAAUGAAAACAAAAUCCUCGGCUGUAACAAAAUCAAGCGUGAUGCCAACCGAAUCAACUGCAUAACUGACGAAUGUACAAUCUUCAUGUACAUAUAUGUACAUACAAAUCGUCGAAUCUGAAGAGGCUAUAGUAGACAUUUUACAUUAGUUGAUCAGAAGUGUAUAUAUUCGAUCCCUCUGGGUUAAGAAACCUCACAUAUUUGUGAGCCGUAUUAGACUAACCUUUUAGAAUCAACUACAUCUUCUUAAACCAUUAAAGGUUAACAAAUGUGAAAACAAAUUCAUAGCGUGUUCCUAAUUAUUUUAUGAUUAAAUGUAGUAAGAUGCAACCUUGCAAGUCAUUAAUACACAUAUGUAUGAGUACAUUCUUAUUUUAUAAACGAUAAUAAUACAAUUAUCGAUAAUGGAAUCCAAUGACCGGUAAUUACUUUGAAUUUUCAAUUACUUUUAAUUAUUUUAAUAAACAAAUAUUUUUGCAUGCGUACUUAUGUGUAGUUAUUGUCCUAUGAAAAGGCUUACUAGUAUGUUAAAUGUAAUUUGGAUAACUUUUUCCUUGAACGCCAAGUCAGAGUCUAGUAAAUACCUUUUUUGGCAGGAUACGUAGAGGGCUUUUGUUAAUUUCAAUGCAAGAUCAUAUUUUAUUUCACGAGUGUAUAUAGAAAAGUGUUAUAUGCCGACGCAUCUGCCUAAUUAUUGCGGUCAUGGUGAGUGCAAAACAUCUGUGGAUUUAACAUAUCUUUCUAGCAGUGUGUGUAUAACACGUGGUAAAUUACGUCAUAUAUGCUACGUCGGAAGGCAACAUUUUCCAUCCGACGUUGCAUUUAUGACGCAAUUUAUCACGAGUUUAGUGAUUUAAUCAUCGUCAUUGUCGCAGCAGCGUUUGUAGACUGGCCGUUUGCAAACAACGGUUUUAAAGAUCGAACAAUAAGGAGAACCUUGUUUACCACGCUUCGUUAAUGACAAUAUGUCGAUAAUAUGUCAACCAGUUUUUGCUUAUUGCCUGUGUGUUCCUUAAGCGGACAGUUUGAAGAUUAAAAACGGCUAAAAUCGUAAAACCAACUGUACGAAUGUAUGUUUUUGCGUUUGCUGUGAAUUUGUUUUCGGUCCAAACAGGAGCAAGUGUGCGACACGUUCCUUACUUAUGUGUUUCUUAAAGUUUUUUUUAAUGUUAUCUUAAAUCAUUAUUUGGAUAUAAAUUAUGUUGCUACAGAAGUGAGAUCAUUUAUGUUGCCCAAGAAAAUUAACGACAUCCCAGCGUUAAUGCUUCUAUAAAACUGAUAUAAUUCAAACUAGUGAUACACAUCUUGUAUUGAACAUUUAUUAACAUUAUCAUUGUUAAAUUAGAAAUAAAGUGGUAAAAUAAAACGAUAAUGGCGAAACACGUAGAUAGUGAAGAGUUCAUACGGAAUGCUCAGCUCUAUUUUUAGAAUGUAAAUGCUACGUAAACUGAUUGCACUUGGGCCACAUCCAUCUAAAAAUAAAUCAUUUCGAUCAUCGACAGAAAUUGAAAAGAAAUCAUUUCUAAACUUGUUGUAUGUGUGAACAUUUGCCGGUUUAUGUUUUGUAUUUUGCGAGAUUUCCUUCAUACCGUCGAAUAGGUGUCUUUUAUAUUUAUUUAAACGAAGCUUGCUGCCUUUAAUUGGUUAUUUAGUGUUUCAUUUUAUUUAAUUGAAUGUUUUAUAUAAAUGUAUUAAUCAUGUUUUCGUUUUCCUUUUCAUAUUUGAAGAUAUACGCUGCUUUUUUAUCAUUUUUGUUAUAUCGCCUGAAUGUACAUGUAGUAAAACACAUCAAAAAUGUUCUCGUAUAAAAGUGAAUUAGUCUAGCAUGUAAAUUCGCAUAUAUGUUUUCAAAUUAUGUUAAAAUUGUUGCUUAUCUUAUAUAUAAACUAUAUUUGGUUAUAUUUGUGUGUGUUUAUACAAUGCAUGAUUAUCUUUUAUGUUCUAUAACAUAUUCUCUUUCUUAUUCAGUAAUAAAUAUUAAAGUCCAUUUACGAAUAAUUUUCAAUUUGCAUGUUGCGUUUUAAAUUAGGCGUUCGUGUUCUUUUUCACUGGUAUCUGGGUCUUCUACCUCAGCCGGUAUCCAUUGGCCUACUACAUGUAUAUACUUCAGCUUCCGCAGAUGUCGCGUAUUAUCCCGUAUACGAUAUUAUUUUGACCAAUC